UGGGCCUUUCAAAGUGCAGAUUUUCCAAAUAGUCGAUUCUUAAACGGCGCUUCUGUUGUGCAGUGGCGUGUCUUCUAGGGUUGUCGGCGAUCGAUCGCUCCUUCGCUUACUUCGACAUGGGACUUUUGGAUUCCUUACUCAAUUGGCUUCGGAGUCUUUUUUUCAAACAAGAGAUGGAGCUUUCCUUGGUUGGCCUUCAAAAUGCAGGAAAGACAUCUCUUGUCAAUGCAAUUGCAACUGGCGGCUACAGUGAAGAUAUGAUCCCUACUGUUGGCUUUAAUAUGCGGAAAGUCACAAAGGGAAAUGUUACCAUAAAGCUAUGGGAUUUAGGAGGACAAAGGAGAUUUCGCACAAUGUGGGAGCGAUAUUGCCGUGGAGUCUCUGCAAUUCUAUAUGUUGUGGAUGCCGCAGACAGAGAUAGCAUACCGAUAUCAAAAAGUGAACUACAAGACCUUCUACAAAAGCCGUCACUCGGUCGAAUCCCCCUACUUGUUCUCGGCAAUAAGAUUGACAAGUCGGAAGCUGUCUCUCAACAAGCUCUUGUUGACCAACUUUCUUUGGAGGACAUCAAAGAUAGGGAGGUAUGCUACUACAUGAUCUCAUGCAAAGAAUCCGUAAACAUCGAUAUCGUUAUCGACUGGCUCAUCAAGCAUGCUAGGAAAGCAAAGUGAAAAAAAUCAGCACUGCCAUGGUAUGGUUGUAUUGGUUCCUUGCAAUAAUAUGUUGAAUGUAAGUAUCAUGUUUAUGUGAAAUUAUCACUUCACCAUUCAAAUAUCGAAGUCUCGCGGAACUUCUUUCGUCUAUAGAUAUCUCGAGGGUUCGCCGGUUCGUAAAAUCGUCUUCUAUGUGUACAGUGAGGUUGUAGAUCAGAUGUUUGAUUUGUGAAUUUGGCACAAUUUGUUGCCCCUUUCAUAAGUGUUAAGGUCAUAUUGAGAAAAUAUGUACUAAAAUUAUCCUAAUUUUAUUGCUUUUUUUUUUAAAAA